AUGAAACUGAUCGAGCAGCAGCUCAAUACCAAGAUCUAUCCCGGAACGGAGAUCAUGGCAGAUGUGGGCUCCGUCCACUUUGUCAAAUCCUCCGACCGAGUGCUGGUGCCACAGCCCUCCCAAAGCCCUCAUGAUCCUUUGAAUUGGAACAGGUUCUGGAAGAUGAGCGCCAUCUGCAUGGCCACGGCAGUGUCGUUCAGUCAGGGUCUGGGACCAUUGGCACUGGCGCCCAUGUUUCCACAACUGAUGAAGUCGUUUGAUGCCGAUCUGGCUUCCGUGGUCAAAUUCACCGGCGUUUGCAUUCUCGUUCUUGGUUUCAGUAAUUUCUUCUGGGUUCCCGUCCAGGCAACCUUCGGUCGACGGCCGGUCCUGAUCUUUUCCAUCCUCAUCUGUCUGGUCAGUAACAUCUGGCGAGCGCUUGCUACUUCCUAUGGAAGUUACAUGGGAGCAUGCAUCCUGAACGGAUUCGGAGCUGGGCCUGCCGAGACAGCCCAACCCGAGAUCAUUGCUGACGUCGUGUUCCUCCACGAGCGAGGAGCAUACAACACGCUAUACUUCACCGCCUAUUUUGGUUCUCUGAUGGUCGGUCCCGUCAUCUCCGGUCCCAUGGCAGAACACAUCGGUUGGCGCAGCUUCUUCUGGCUCAACACCGGCAUCCUGGGCGUCGUUCUCGUAGCCCUCGUCUUCCUGUUCCCCGAAACCAAAUGGCACCGCGCCCAUCCAUCCGAGAUACAGCAUGGUCAAGAACAGGUGGUGACUCCCUCGUCGGCCUCUGAGCCGGAGAAGCCGGUGGAGGUCACCCUGCAGCAGGAAAACGUAGCAUCCGAGAGCGGAGCAGAUCAAGACCCUUGGCUGCGGAAGGGCUAUCCCUCCAAACAGCAGUUCAUGCUCUGGCAGCCGUCAGACAACUAUCUCAAGACACUGUGGACCUGCUUCUGGAUUCCGUGGAAACUACUUUCGUUCCCCAUAGUCGAACUUGCUGCGUUCACCGUCUCGUGGUCCGCCAGUUGCUUUUUGACCUUGAAUCUCACCCAGAGUCAAGCCUUUGCCGCUCCUCCAUACAACUUCAACAGCCAGACCAUCGGGUUCUUCAACUUUGCCAUUAUCGUAGGGGCUGCCAUAGGCUUGGCUACCAACGGGCCUUUGUCUGACUGGAUUUCGAUGAGAGCCACAAAGAAGAACAGAGGCAAUUUCGUCGUGGCGUUUGGCUACGAGCACAAAUGGGAUUGGAGGAUUAUUGUGAUAAUCGGCUACACUUGCGCUGGCAUUCAGGUCUGCGCUCUUCCAGCCAUUACCAGCACCUACGCCGUGGACAGCUAUAAGCCCGUUGCGGGCUUAGUCUUUGUGGCGAUCACAGUCAACAAGAACCUGUGGGGUUAUGGAUUCUCCGAGUUCAUCACCCCGUGGGUGAUUAAAAGCGGUUUCGUAAGCCCCAUCAUGAUGAAUAUGUCUUUGACCACUCUCUGGUGUCUUUGCGCCAUUCCGGUCUAUUUCUACGGAAAGCGUUUCCGGAAGUGGACUGCCAAGUCAUCAGUUCACAGUAUGUAG